GUUAAAUGACUCCGCAGGGUGACCCAGCUAUUGAGUGGAGGAGGUGUUGAGCCAGCACUUGAAGCGCCUGCGCUUUCUAGGAGGAGAGGGACCCACCCCGGAGCCACCGCGCCCUGCGGUGGGUGCAAUUGCGUGGAAUCCGGCCUGUUGGAAGAGGCUGGGGGCGCUGACGCCGGGAGGAGGACCCACCAGCAGGGGGGACCCGACGCCGCUUCCCUCGUCACCGCAAGGGGGCGCUGCGCCGUGUGCGGGGCCGUGGCGCUGCGAGCGACCCCCGAGGCAGGACGUGCCCGCCCGCAAGAUGUCUGUGCGCUACGGCCCGAGCAGCCUCUGCUGGCUGCUGUACUGCGGCGUCCUCCUGGCCCCGGCCGCGGGCUACGUGAUCGUGAGCUCGGUGUCCUGGGCCGUCACCAACGAGGUGGACGAGGACCUGGACGGCGCGUCUACGGAGGAGGCGCUGCCCGCGCUGCUGGAGGACUCGGGCAGCCUCUGGCAGCAGCGCUUCCCGGCCUCGGCGCACAAGGAGAGCGCCCACCUGCCGCCCCCCGCGGGUGCUGCCCGCGCCAGGCCGCCCCCCGCGCCCCCCGGGAUGUUCUCCUACCCCCGGGAGAGCGGCCCCCGGCUGCGCCCCGGCACAGCCCGUUUCCUGGCCCACGCCAGCGCCUGGGGCUGUCUGGCCACCGCGUCCUCACACCUGAAGAUCUCAGGACUGCCAUUUGGGAGUUGCCUGCCUAUCAGUGAUGGUCCCUUGAACAACAGCACUGGAAUUCCUUUCUUCUACAUGACACCCAAGGACCCCGUGGUAGCUGAUCUGAUGAAGAACCCCAUGGCCUCACUCCUGCUGCCAGAAUCAGAAGGAGAGUUCUGCAGAAAAAGUAUCGUUGACCCAGAAGAUCCCCGGUGUGCACGGUUGACGCUCACUGGGAAGAUGAUGGCAGUGCCCCCAGAAGAACUAGAAUUUGCCAAGCAAGCUAUGUUUUCAAGACAUCCGGUUAUGAGGAAGUGGCCUCGUCAGUAUGAAUGGUUCUUUAUGAAGAUGAGGAUAGAACAUAUCUGGCUUCAGAAAUGGUAUGGAGGAGUAUCUGAUAUUUCAGCAGAGGAAUAUUUCAAAGCAGCUCCAAGAAAGGCCUGAAGGAGUAAAAGGAAAGUCCUCAGUGUUUUGCAUAAAAUGAAAACCUCUUAAGUGAUACUGCCAUAUAGCUCUUGCUGUCUUUUUGUUGAAGGGCCCAUAACAGCCAUGUCAUCCUCACAGCAAGAAAAGAGAAGGUGAGUGAGGAACUCUGUGCUAGACUGGAGGUCAGAGUGGGUGUUUGCAAAUCCCCAUUCAUAUAGGUAUUUCACAUGAAUGGUGUCUGUGGAUGUUGUGUUCCCAUCCUCACCCAUUUGGGAAUCAUUGUUGGUUGUCAAGAUGGUAUGUUAGGACAGUUGCUGUUUCAUUAAGACAAAAAUAAUAUUACUAAUAACUGUAUGACUGUAUAUACAGUGUGAUUGCUCUGUAUUUUUUGUGUCUUGCUGUGCCAAAAACAAAGCCUUGAUUCUAAGCUCAUUGAGCCCAUAAAGGAACUAAAUAUGACUCCUACCACUGUUUAGGGUAAGGGUGCAAGAAUCUUUGUGCAUGGGUUAUUCAUCAUGCUGCUGAUUGCAAGUGUAUUCAAUUAUAAUUGCUACAAUAUGUUGGUCACUUGUGAUGAAUCCUGUGAAGACACACUUUUGUGCACAGUUUAAUUGUGUAUAAGCAGGCCAGGAAUGAACAUUAAUGAGGUAGAAACAUUAGAGAAUCAAGUUUGUGACACCCCCCACCCCUGCCGCAACUGCUAGUGUUUCUGAUUGAGGGUUCCCUUCUCUUAGACCUGAGGAGAUGACACAUUAAAAAAAAAAAAAAGCAACUCCUUUUAUGGAAUCUAGAGAAGAGAGAAAGAGAGGAGAGGUGAGAACUGAGAAAGUAAAGACAUAAGAGAAGAAAAGAAACAAAAUCAAUAAGUGAAGGUAUGUUUUCUACCAGGUCAUGGGCCAGGCUCUUGACAGGGUGGUGUCAUGGAAAUCACACAGCCAGUGAAAGGUACCUUGAAUUUUCUGCUGACAGACAUGAAAACCAAGACUCAGAGAGGCAAAAUCAGUAACCCAAGGUGUAAAUUCAAAAGACCACAUAUCACAGGUGAAGUGGUACCUUGAAAUUUUCUACUUUUAGGAUUAAGGCAAAAUGCACAAGUAGUCACUGAACCAGGACAUUCAGUAAAAGUGACGACUAACCUACCUCUAGAUGAUUUGCCGUUGGUUUCUACCAAAAAAAAAAAAAAGUAUCUAAAAUCCUAUUCUUACUACAGAUUAAAAUCUCUCUAUAGAGUGUUUUCAGGAGCUCCUGUUUGCAAGAAAUUCCAUUAUCUACACCGAUGGCCUGCAUAGAUCUAUAUGCGUAAACACCCAAGAACGUUCAUGUUGAGGUCUACUCAGUAUCAAUAAUCUAGCAAGACCCAGUGUUCUGUCCUUUUGUAGUGGAUAGAAGCUCUCUUAGGUGAACUAGAUGUGCUGUAUGACAUAAAACUGCAUCGCCACAUACAGGAAAUACACAUUUAAAACAAAUAAAUCAGUAUUAGUAGUGUCACACUUCUGUUUUUAAAAAAAAUAUAAGAUAUAGAGUGUUUAAAUUGUAAAAUGAUAUUUUAAGCACCUGCUAGUAAGAGUAUAGCAAGAUGCUCAGAAUUAUUUUUUCAGAAGUCGAUUCUCAAAAGAGCACCCAACAAUGGCAAUUUCAUAUAUAUAU